ACGGCGCGUCACCGGAGGUGCGGGUGGGCACAAGAUGGCGGCGCGGGCGGCCGCGGGCCGGAGGCCGGUGAAGCAGCAGGAGCUGCGCCGGCUGAUGAGAGACAAGAAACGCGAGGCCCCGACACACAAGAGGAUCCAGUCCCCGCUGGCCAGAUAUAACAGUUUGGGUCAUCUCAGUUGCGGACUUUGCGCUACUCCAAUAAAAAAUGAAUUGUUGUGGCAGACACACAUUCUUGGGAAACAGCAUAAAGAGAAUGUUGCAAAGCAGAAAUCAGGAAUUCAGACACCAGGUCCUUCACUUGUUCACACACCUUCAGUUCCUCCUACAAAGAGGAAAGGCACAGAGGAAGAAACUCAAGCAGUAAAGAAAGCAAAGGCACUGUGUGUACCUACAACAUCCAAUGUUUCUGGGUUGCCAGCUGAUUUCAUUGAUCCACCGAGCCAAGGGUUUCAAAAAACAACCUCUUCAAAACAUUCUGACCCCAGCGUGCUAGCGGGAGGUUCUGAGGAUGAAGAAGAUGACAGCGCAGAGAAAGAUGACAAAAAAGAUAAUUUGGAUGAGGCACCCGUUGCUGCUACAUUUCAGAAAACUCCUGACCUACCGGCACCAGUACAGCCACAAAGUGACUGCUCCCUUCCUGCAGAUUUCUUUGAUAGUUGUGCUGCGCCGGUUCCUGUUUCUCAUUCGGGAUCCAUUCGGGGGCUAGAAGAAUCAAGCAAACCAGUGGAAAGGAAAGAGAAUACAGCGGAGGCUUUGCCUGAGGGAUUCUUUGACGAUCCAGUGAAGGAUGCAAAGGUACGGAAGGUAGACCCACCAAAAGAUCAGAUGGACAAAGAGUGGGAAGAAUUCCAGAAAGAAAUCAGGCAGGUUAACACGGUUUCAGAAGCAAUUGUGGCAGAGGAGGAUGAAGAAGUUCGGCUGGAUAGACAGAUAGAAGAAAUAGAUGAACAAAUUGAAUGCUACAGGCGUGUAGAGCAUCUGCGAGAUCAGCAGGAUAUUCUAAAGGACCGACUGGUGAAAACGUUGAAAGGGAAAAAAGAUGAUGAUGUGGCUGGCAGUGAUGAAGAAGAGGAAUUUCAAGAAUUCCUUUCUGGUGAUUGGCGAGCAAAGGGAGCGUUGGUGUAGAGCGCAGUCCGUUUUUGUAACUACUGACCCAAAGGAGCUGGAGCUGUCUUCAGCAAAGGACAUUGAGCAGUGGACGCUGAUUUAAACUUACUAUGUAUUGGCUACUACAGUGCAAUUCUGUGAAUAUAUCUGCCGUGAACUUUGUACAAACCAUGGAGAAUUUUUUAAAUUGGUAAAGCUUUUUUCAGAGAGU